AAGCUCUAUAAACCUUCAAACCUGCUUACUUCCUACAAACCUAUCAAUCUCAUAUUUUUUUUACUAAAAUUUUAGAAAGGUUAAUUCUCAAACGCAUUUCCCACAUCAUUACCAAUAAUUAUUACUACUUGACCCCCCUCCCCAAUUUGAUUUUCGUACCUCACAUAACCACAUAGAGUGGUUAAUGUAAUUUCCUAUUCCUUGUAAAAAAAAUUAUACUGCACAUGUGCAUUUCUUGGUAUAUCACAAGCUUUCGAUCAAGUUUGGCAUGAUGGUUUGCUAUUUAAACUUAAAAACUUCCUCCAGCGUACAACCAUUUUAUCAAAUUCUACCUCUUAAAACGACAUUUUAAAAUUUGUACCAGUUUUGUCUUCUAUGACAGCUGCUAUGAAUGCUAAUGUUUCUCGAGGAGGUAUUCUCUUACCUAUUCUUUAUAAUAUUAUGCCUCAGACCAACCCAACAAUCCCUAUACUUUAACUAACUUGGGCCCUUCUCAUUAAAUCCAAAACUUUUGACUUUAAAUAAUUAACUAAAAAUGCUAAGAAAUAUUUUUUGUUAUAAUAAAUACUCUGCUUUCAAUACAAAAUUUCUUAUGUAUCAAAUGAUACACUCCACGCAGAUCUAAAUCUAAAAACAUUAAAUUAAGAGAAGCUAAGCAUUAAUAUAAAACGUUUCACAAUAGACUAACUUCUUAUACAAAUCCUCUAACUAAAAACUUAGUGUCUGCUACCAUAACCAGAAAUUCUCCUCCUCGGUGGACCGCUCCAUUCUCCAUUGAAAUGUUCUUACCUAGGAAAAAAAGUAUGAUUUAAUUCAAACAUGGUCAGUUAGAUAAAAAAAAAGUAAAACUACCAAAAAUUGUGGUUUCUGUUGUUAGUAUGUUAAGUUAAAACUAUUUAAAAAUAUGGAUGAGUCAACCAGUAUUGAUAAUACAACUUUAUUAAGAGAUUUCAAUGAAGCUCAACCUAAUCACGAGUGGUCUCCUUUUAUACGCUAUGGACCUUCACAUUUGCCUACGUUCAAAGUUUCGUUACAUUUAAAUGGUUCUCUGUUUGAUGGUUGUGGCUCUUCAAAGAAAAGAGCAAAAAUAAAUGCAAUAAUGAAUUACAAAUCAUCCUCCAUAAAUUAUAAUGCUAAUUCUAAGACCAAUAAUACUAUAGAAAGUGAUAAAGCGGUUCUCAAAAGAAAACGUACAGACAGUUUGAUAGAAAACCCGCCUUCAAAAAAACUGUCAAUAGAAUCUCAAGUUAAUGUACAUCAAACAUCAGCAAUACCAGUAUUUAAGAGACAAUGUACAGAUGAUUUUAUUGAAAACUCACUUUCAAAAAAACUUUCAAUUGAAUCCCAAGUUGCUGUACAUCAAACAUCAGCAGUAUGUAUCCUACAUGAAAUAUUUCCAGGACAAACCUUAACAUAUGAACAUGAACAGUCCCAUGGGCUAUUGGAAACAAUUAGUGUCAUUGUUUCUGGUAAUAAAUAUAUAGGUUAUGGGAAAAAUAAAAAAGAAGCAAAAGAAAUUGCAUGUCGUAAUGCCUUAAAAUCUUUGUAUGAGGCACAGCCAAUAGACAAUAUUAAGUACAAAAACCAAAUAGAAAUGUUGCGCACUGAUUAUGAUGAUUCUAAAAUUAUUGAUCAUUUUGCUGGAAUCACAGACAAAGUAUAUCAAAAAUUAGAAUUUACUGAAAAUAAAUUUAAAGAAUACUCAGUUAUAGCAAGUAUUAUCAAAAUGAUCAAAGAAGAUUUGAACUCCGCACAAGUAAUUUGUUUGGCUACUGGUACAAAAUGUUUAUCUGGUAACUAUUUGAGCCUAAGUGGUGAAUCUUUACAUGACUGCCAUGCAGAAAUAUUGACUCGUAGAUGCCUAAUGAAAUUCUUUUAUAAAGAACUCAUGGAAUCGGUGAAAGGCCAUCCUUCUAUAUUUAUCUCAGAUGAUAACAAAUUUAAGUUCAAAUUAGCAAAAGAUAUUACAUUUCAUUUAUACAUAAACACUGCUCCUUGUGGUGAAGCUAGAAUUUAUAGCUUCUCUGACACAGAACACCAGUUAAAUCGAUUAAAUCGUGGUUUGCUUCGAUCAAAAAUAGAAAAUGGUGCUGGCACUGUAUCUGUAUUUGGUCGAGAAUUUCAAACAUACGAUGGAGUUGCUCAGGGUGAACGUCUUGUUACUAUGUCAUGUUCAGACAAACUAACUCGUUGGACUGUACUUGGACUUCAAGGAAAUUUAUUAUCAAAUUUUGUUGAACCUAUUUAUUUAGAAUCAAUAUCAAUCGGAAGUAUGUUCAAUAUAAAUCAUAUGAAGCGAACAAUUUAUGGUCGUGUUGAAAACAGCAUUAAUAAAUUACCACAAGAUUAUAAAGUACAAAAACCUCAACUCCGUGGUUAUAGUAUACUUCCCCGUAGAUCUACUACACAAUCACCUCACUGCAUAAAUUGGAUUAUAAAUGAAGGAAUUGAAAUUAUUAAAGGAAGUUUAGGUAGAACAAUUGAAAACAAGUUAUCCAGAGUAUGUAAAACCUCAUUGGCUAAUGAAUAUAUUAAACUGUGUAUUGCUACAAAUAAUUUAUCAACUCUUAUUGAAAAUGAAACAAAUAUAUUUUAUGAUUCAUUGAAAAAUAAAAAUAAAAAUUAUGUAGCUGCUAAAAAUGAAUUAAUAUCAACAUUUAAAUCAUUAAAUUUUGGAACUUGGGUACACAAACCCGAAGAACUUAAAAGUUUUGAAUUACAUGUUGUUAAUGCAAGUAAUAAUGUUACAUAUAAUUAUAACAAUCAGGGCUGUUAAAAAGUGUUAAAACACACAUGCACUUUGUUGUUAUAUAUAUACAAAUAUGAACAUUUGACUAAAUAAAUUAUUAGCUACAUGUAUUAUUUACAUUUUUUUUUUUUUUUAUACUAAUAAAUUAAUUAUUGCUUAUAUUUAAUUAUUUUGUUUAAAAUUAAAAAAAAAAAACUUUGAUUUCUACCUCUAUUUAUGGUCACUUGUUAAAAAUUAAUAAUGACUUUUCUGGUAGUUAUAUUUAAUAUCUCUCUUUCUGCCUUUCUCAAUAAUAUGUAUGGUUUUCAAAUUUGUUCACCUUUUUUAUAGCAUACGAGGUUUGUACAAAAAAUAAACAUUCAAAAUAUAUUAAAGCCACAGACUAUCUUAUUCCUCUUAAGUUAUCUUUAAGCACUCUUUUUCUUUUUUUGUCAUCUCAAUAACAUUCACAAAUUUGACUUUUGAGUUUUGACUGUAGUUUUUAGUCUAGGAAACAUAAUGUAGGAUAAGACAAAUCAAGUGAAUAUACGCAGAUAAGUUGGUAAGGAGUGUGAGUGUGGCAUCACUAUUGAGAAAUUUGUAUGUCCAAUAAAAGUCAAUUAUUAGACACUAAAUACAUAUUAAUCAUUGUAUUAUGUUGCAAGAAAUUAAA